GAAAUUCAGAGGGUGUUUAAGGAAAAUUUCCGGGUUUCUUGCGAUUUCCGGGCCUGUAUCGCCGUCGCCGUCGACGAAAACCGUCGGCUCGUGAUCUUGUCGUCGUAGCCCCGAUGGCCGCGGAGGUGGAUCAGAAAGUGGUGGUGCACGUGCGGUCUACGGGUGAUGCCCCGAUACUGAAGCAAUCCAAAUUCAAGAUUUCGGGACGAGAUAAAUUUUUGAAGGUCAUAGAGUUUCUUCGCCGACAACUUCAUCAGGAUACACUGUUUGUCUAUAUAAACAGUGCGUUUUCGCCAAACCCAGACGAACUGGUAAUUGACCUGUAUAAUAACUUCGGAAUUGAUGGGAAGCUGGUUGUAAAUUAUGCUUUAUCAGCGGCAUGGGGCUAAAGUUGGACUUGCAGCAAAGAGUUAAAUGGAUGAAAGAGACCAUGAAAAAUUCUGCAUGGAGAUUGUAAAUCACAUCUAGUUUUAGUGCUAAUGAGACACUCUAAAUCUCUUUAUUGUAAAGGUUAUUCAUAUUUCAUCAUCACCCAAAUGUAUUUCUCCUUCCAGCGAUUCCACCCGUACUGGUCAAAACGUGCUACACCACAGCCCGUGCGCGUGCUUAUGGCUUUCUGGUUUGUGUAACGCAUCAGUGCAGAUGGUGGAUUGAAAGGACCGUUUGAACGACUUGAUUAUAUUGACCCCAUUUGUUCAGGAA